CGCCAUGGUGAAGGAGACCCUGUAUUAUGAUGUGCUGGGAGUGAAGCCCAGUGCCUCUGCUGAGGAGCUGAAGAAGGCGUACCGUAAGCUGGCCUUAAAAUAUCACCCUGAUAAGAACCCCAAUGAGGGUGAGAAGGAUUGGGAUCUGAGGCUUAAUGUAUAUCUUUCACAGUUCAAACAGAUUUCCCAAGCCUAUGAGAUACUGUCUGACCAGAAGAAGAGAGAUCUGUAUGAUAAAGGUGGUGAGCAGGCCAUCAAAGAGGGUGGCUCCAGUAGUAGUUUUGGGUCACCCAUGGACAUAUUUGAUUUGUUCUUUGGAGGUGGUGGGAGGAUGCAAAGGGAGAGACGAGGCAAAAAUGUUGUUCAUCAGUUGUCGAUAAGCUUAGAAGAUCUGUAUAACGGUGCAACAAGAAAGCUGGCUUUGCAAAAGAAUGUGAUCUGUGACAAAUGUGAAGGUCGUGGCGGUAAGAAGGGUGCAAUAGAAUGCUGUCCUAAUUGCAGAGGCACAGGCAUGCAAAUCAGAAUUCACCAGAUUGGUCCAGGAAUGGUGCAACAGAUUCAGUCUGUAUGUAUGGAGUGUCAGGGGCAUGGGGAGCGUAUCAGUCCCAAGGACCGGUGCAAGAGCUGCACUGGCAGAAAAAUUGUUAGAGAGAAGAAGAUUCUAGAAGUUCACAUUGACAAAGGAAUGAAGGAUGGUCAGAAAAUAACAUUCCAUGGUGAAGGGGACCAAGAGCCAGGACUAGAGCCAGGGGACAUAAUUAUCGUCUUAGAUCAAAAAGAUCACCCUACACUUACAAGGCGAGGGGAAGACCUUGUUAUGUGCAUGGAUAUACAGCUGGUUGAAGCACUGUGUGGCUUUCAAAAACCUAUCACAACACUGGAUAAUAGAACUAUAAUUAUUACUUCUCAUCCUGGCCAGACUGUCAAACAUGGGGAUAUUAAAUGUGUGCUGAAUGAAGGCAUGCCAAUAUAUCGUAAGCCAUAUGAAAAAGGACGUCUAAUCAUAGAGUUCAAGGUGAACUUCCCAGGUAGUGGCUUCCUCUCCUCAGAUAAGUUGUAUUUGCUGGAAAAACUGCUACCUGCAAGGCAGGAAGUAGAAGAAACUGAGGAAAUGGAACAAAUGGAUUUAAUGGACUUUGAUCCAGCUCAAGACAGAAGACAUUGCUAUAAUGGAGAAGCCUAUGAAGAUGAGCACCACCUUGGAGGUGGUGUUCAAUGUCAGACUUCUUAAAAGGGCCAGUUAAUAACCACUGUGAUGCCACUUUAUAUGCGUCAGUAGACAAGUGAAGGACUACAGGUGAUUCACCCUCACUUCCUGAUAUUUUUGUUGUUGUUGUUGCUGUUAAAUUCAGCUAUAGUUCAUUCUAAAAGCAUAAAGAAAUUAAAGUGGUAAUAUGAAAACUGACUUUGCAAUUUGUAUAAAGCUCCAGGAUGCAAGUGCAGAUCAAGUUGAUCAUAAACACUGUCUGUCAGACAAGCAGUCUGGAAUAGUUUUCUUGACUAAAUCUGCAAUUCUUGUAUCUGUGUUCAAGUGCCUGGUCUUAGACUAAGGUUCUGUAGCGUUCUUGAUGCUCUGUAGAGCUGCGGUUUACUGAAGGAUGCACAAGUAUUUCUAAUUCAUGUGAAGAUAUAUCUACAGUUUUUGGAUUUGCACUGCUGUUUGUCAAAUCAGAACUUGCUCUAUAAUGCAAAUGUGUAAUAUGUGAACCUGACACAAAUUUGUUUAAUUUUUUUCAUGUCCAUUAAACUUGUGUGAUUUAC